AUGUGGUGCUUAAUGCAUUUUAUAUUAGUUUUGCAAUGUGUACAAUCUGUCCGAAUCAUUAACAUCCGAGUUCCAGAAGUCAUUCAAUAUGGCACUAGAGAAACUGUAACAUUAGACUGUGAUUAUGUAAUGAAGAACGUUACGGGGUUAGUAGUGAAAUGGUUUUAUAUGGACCGAUCACAGCCGGUGUAUCAGUGGAUACCUCCGCAAAAACCACAGGCCCUGGGAUUAUUAAAGAAUAAGCUGGAUCUGUCUUACAAAGUCUCUAACAAUCCGUAUACGCAGCACAGAGCUCUACGUAUUCGGCAACCCGGCACCGAGCUUACGGGGAACUACACGUGUGUGGUCUCAACAUUUCUUGACGAAGAUGAAAAAACACGCCCCAUGACCAUUUUCGUACCCGAAACGAGGUUCGAUAUGAUACAAGACCGGCUAAACGAUGGAUAUUUGAAUAUUAUUUGCUCUGUCGAAGGUGUUUUCCCUAAACCUGAACUUGCAAUAUUGGUCGGAAACAGGCCGCUGAAUGCUAAAUCAUCAAUAAAGAACUUCGAGGGUCGUUUCACUGCUCUUACGAGUGCAGUAGUUAAUAUCGAAUUACUGCCGCCAACCGUUGAAAUACUAUGUGACAUGCAGGUACCAUUAGCGAAUUACUUCAGCAGAAAAAGAGAUUUAUUCUAUAGAGAUCCACCAUUGAUAGAAACAACAAAUUUACAACAUGCAUCUCCGGAUUCAGGUUACUUGGUUCUGACUUCACCGGGUUUGAUUAUCGUGUCAUUAGUUACAUGUUAUGUUUUACAAACAAGG